UUUCUCAAACACGCACCUCUGAAUAUUACUCAGCUUCACAAUCAUCUCCAAUCUUUAAAUUAGACGAUUACAAAACCGACCCGACCCGAUAUCCACAACAAUGCCCAAACUCUCGUCCGCCGUCGCCGAUGAUCGUCGCCGGAGCAGCCAGCGAUAUUCACCGGACUUCGACAGAUCCACCGACCGUGGCCGAAGCUCCAGCCGUCGUCGCUCACCGGAUUACAGCACCUACGACGAUCGCCGCCGCUUCUCUCCCCGCCGCCGCAGUCUCAGCCGCAGCCCUAGCCCUAAGAGGUACAACAAUAAUCAUGAUUCUAAUAGUCGUCGUAAUCUACGUGGAUCUCCUGAUUAUUCGAACCCUAGAAAAAGCCCUAAUUUUGUGGAAAAUAAGAAGAAUUAUCAUAAUGAUGUUCGGAAUAAUAGUGCGUAUCUGGAUAGAGAUUAUAGGAAUGGAGGAGGCCGUGGUGGCGGUGAGGAGUCGGAUGAGGAGUUGAAAGGAUUGAAUUUUCAGGAGUAUAGGCGGUUGAAACGGCAGAAAAUGCGGAAGGAUUUGCGGAAUUAUGUUUGGAAUGUGACACCGAGUCCUCCGAGAAAUGAGAACGAGGAGGAGGAGGUGGAGGAGGAGGAUGUGGUGGAGGGAGUUGAGAAGGAUAAGGAGAUCAUGUCGAAGAGUGGAGAUUCGUCUUCUUCUUCGGAGGAGGAGUCGGAUGAUUCGAGAAGUAGGAGGAAGAAGAAGAGUAAGAGUAGGAGGAGUUCAAAGCGGAGAAGUAGGAAGUCGAGUGUAAGUGAGAGUGAGAGUGAGUCGAGUGAGGAUAGUAGUGAUUCGGAGGAAGAGUAUGGGAGAAGAAGGAAGAGUUCGAGGCGGAAGAAGAGUAGUAGGAGUGAGAGGAAGAGGAAGAGGAGUGGGAGGAGUAAGAAGAGGAGAGAUUUAUCGAGUGAGGAGAGCGAAAGUGAGGAUUCUGAUGCUAGUGAGGAGAGUGAUAAGUCGAAGUUGAAAUUGAAGAAAAAGAAAGUUGUGGUGUUGAAGGAAACGAAAGAGGCGGAAACGGAGAGUGGCAGUGAAAGUGAGGGAUUGGAGAAGGUUGAUGAUAAAGUUGAGUUGAAAAUGGACGAGGUAGAGAAGAACGAGAGUAAUGGUGAGUUGUUUGCGUUUAAGGAUAAGAAACCUACUUUGGAAGCUGAACCAGUGGUUGGACCGAUGCCUUUACCAAAAGCAGAAGGACAUAUUAGUUAUGGAGGUGCACUUAGGCCUGGUGAAGGAGAUGCUAUUGCUCAGUAUGUUCAGCAAGGGAAACGUAUCCCACGUAGAGGUGAGGUUGGUCUUUCGGCUGAUGAGAUUUCUAAGUUUGAGACUCUUGGGUAUGUGAUGAGUGGUAGUAGGCAUCAGAGGAUGAAUGCUAUUCGUAUCAGAAAAGAAAACCAAGUUUACAGUGCUGAAGAUAAGAGGGCGUUGGCAAUGUUUAACUAUGAGGAGAAGGCAAAGCGUGAGCAGAAGGUUAUGGCUGAUUUGCAGCGUCUGGUUCAGCGCCAUAUUGGGGAAGAUACUGGUCCGUCUCACGAUCCAUUUGCUGGUGGGAGGCCUGCAGAAGAUGCUGAUGACUGAUCAUCCACUAUGUUCUACGUGGUCAUGGUGGUCAUGCCUGGUAAUUUUUGUCGGAGCUGUUCUUGUUCCUUUUGAGAAAGAAGAUUCAUGUUUUGAAAAAAUUAACUUCCUAAAAUUGAUGUAACGUUGUUGUUUGAAUCCGACUCAAAACUUUUAUUUUGUGUAAAAAGUUUAGAAAUUUACUUGUUUAUGAGGUUAUUAUGC